AAAGAAACAAACAUGAACCAUCACAACUUUUAGCUAACGUACAGCUUCAUAAAUUCACACACACACUCUCUCUCUCCCUCUUUCUCUCUCUUCUAUACUUUCCACCGGCGCCUGAGUUCCACCGCAUUCUCCGGCCGCCAUGGAUUUCCCCAUCCGUGGCGCCUCCAAGCUCUUGUUUAAGGUGUUUUUUGUGGUAUUCGUGAUUGUUGUGGCGGUUGCAUUGCCGGAAAAUUCCACUUCUAGAUCGUCUUCUCCGGCUAUGUCCGGCCAGAUCAACUCGAAUUCCAUCCUUGUUGCUCUACUGGAUUCUCAUUAUACGGAGCUGGCGGAAUUAGUUGAGAAGGCUAUGCUAUUGCAGACCCUAGAAGACGCCGUCGGCAACCACAACAUCACCAUAUUUGCCCCUAAAAAUGAAGCUCUGGAACGCGAUCUAGACCCUGAGUUCAAGCGGUUCCUUCUUGAACCGGGGAACUUGAAAUCGCUUCAGACUUUGCUGAUGUUCCAUGUGAUUCCGACUCGGAUCGGAUCGAAUGAUUGGCCGGGUCAUUCAAAGUCCGUACGGAAAUCCACGCUUUCCAAGCAUGUUCUUAAUCUUGCUGGCCAUCAGUCCGGGGAGAAGACCGUCGAUCUCGCCAAUGUGAUUCAUCCAGAUGCUAUUACCCGACCGGAUGGCGUUAUUCACGGAAUUGAACGAUUGUUAAUCCCUCAGUCCGUGCAGGACGAUUUCAAUCGCAGACGAAAUCUUCAAGAUAUAACCGCCGUGAAGCCGGAGGGAGCGCCUGAAGUGGAUCCCAGGACUCACCGGCUAAAGAAACCAGCUCCACCUACCGAACCCGGUUCGCCGCCUGCUCUUCCAGUAUACGAUGCGUUGGCUCCAGGACCUUCUUUGGCCCCCGCUCCGGCUCCAGGCCCUGGCGGAGCUCACCGCCAUUUUAAUGGUGAGAGGCAAGUCAAAGAUUUCAUCCAAACUCUGCUACAUUAUGGUGGAUACAACGAAAUGGCCGACAUUCUGGUUAACCUAACAUCGCUAGCGACUGAAAUGGGGCGGCUGGUAUCGGAGGGUUAUGUGCUCACUGUUCUGGCUCCGAACGAUGAAGCCAUGGCUAAACUAACUACAGACCAGCUGAGCGAGCCAGGGGCACCGGAGCAGAUUAUGUACUAUCAUUUAAUACCCGAAUAUCAGACGGAGGAGAGUAUGUACAACGCUGUUAGGAGGUUCGGGAAGGUGCGAUACGACACGCUGAGGUUGCCGCACAAAGUGAUGGCUCAAGAGGCCGAUGGGUCAGUUAAGUUCGGCCAUGGAGAUGGGUCGGCGUAUUUGUUUGAUCCUGAUAUUUACACGGACGGACGGAUCUCGGUGCAGGGCAUUGACGGGGUAUUAUUCCCGCCGGAGGAGACUGAGGCCACGAACGCACCAAAAGCAUUUCAACCCACUAAGGUCGCGGCCAAGCCUCGGAGAGGGAAACUACUGGAAGUUACUUGCCGGAUGUUGAGAACUUUUGGGCAGGAUUCUUCUUUCACAGCUUGUCACUGAAGCUUAUAUUGGUUGAUUAAACCAAAGAAAAAGAUGUGGUAUAAUUUGUUAGGAUGCAGUGGUGUCAGACAAAGGAAAAUCUGGAAGGAAGAAGAACUCGGGCAUAUUCUACAAUUUAAGUCACUUUGGUGGGCUGUUGGUAGGAGAAAAGGCUGCGUAGUUUUUUUUUUUUUUUUUUUUUAAUUCAAUGUUUUGGAGUACAUAAUAUAAGUCUAUUUUGUAUACCUUAUUCAUUGUCCGUGGUGGAGGUGGGAUCUGUAAGUUGAGUCUGGCCAAAGAUUUAUGGGCAGGUAAACUUGCAUGCUUCUAUUCUGCCUCAGUCAAUAAUUUGAAAUAAAAAUGUACUAAGGAGUGCGAAAAAGAAAAAAAAAAUUCUUUCUGUAAUUUCAUUUUUAUUUGAGUUUCUUCAAUAAACUCAACAUUUCCUUUGUUUU